UUUGCUGCGAAAUCGAAAGAAAAAAUUUCACAAGGAUCGAGGUAACUUUGAUUGGUUACCUACCAAUCUCGUCUCUUCAGGGACAAAGUUUCAGAGUUCGAACUUAGGGUCCAAGCGACCCAGGGAACAAAGCAAUCAUUGAUUCCGACGAGUCAACGGUGAUCAUGGGCGCCCAGGAAGAGGACACCAAGUCCAGCACCAUGGGUGGGGUGCUACCGGUGGUAGAAGUUGCCUCUUUGGUGGAGAAAGCGAAAUUCUACACGUCCCUCUGCCUGGGUACCACAGCCAUUCUUGCUGUUUUCGCCUUCCUCUUUCUAAUCCCUUUCGUCGUGGAACCAGCUAUAUCUACGAUUUUGGCCGACUUCUCUCCUCACGCUGUAGCCUGUGUCGUCACUGACCACGUUUACGCCGAGGGACUGAAAAAUUGCUCUUGGGCAAGCUGUAGAGAAGGUUGUACCAGCGCCGCGCUUCGUUGCCAUCAGAUCAGAGUGAACUACACGAGGCUAACGUUCGGAGAAUUCGUGGCGAAACCACUGGGUACCAUACCCUGGGACGUCUCCGACACGAAAUUCUUUGUGAACACGGAAGGCUGCGGUUACCCGCCCCGAGUGAAUUGUUCCGAUUUUGCCAAGAAAUUCGGAUACUCGAACAUGGGAAAGAUAUUCCCCUGCUACUACAGCAGAACACACCCAGAGACUGUCGUUGCAAGAUACUCUUGGGACGAAAACCUGAGGCACUUAGUGCUAGCCUUGGUAGUGCCUACAGUACUAUUUGGAGUGUCCCUCGGUGUGUUAUGCUUUUGGUAUUGUCCACCGAUGGGCAAGAGUUGCGGAGGACCAGGACGUAACCUCAUUGACAAGUACGCCAGGAAGGAAGAGUAAGUAACGUUAUCCUGGGAGAGGAUGAAUUCGAGGAGGACGAGGAAGAAUACUGACUGCUACCAAGGGCUCACCCCCCAGCGAGGGAGUGACGCCGAAGGAAUUAUUAAAAACAAAAAAAAAAACAAAUCCCCAGCGUACUUUACGUUUUAAAUUUAAGCGAUCGUUCGAAAGCAAUAGCAGCGUUAGUAAAAGAAACGAAACGAAAAAUUGUUCGGCAACGAAGACAAAUGCUAAUUUGUUCGCGUACCUCGGCGUGUCUGACUUAUUUCGACUUCUACUACUACUUCCGAUAGAAAACCUCCUCGCAAUAUUACACCGCACCUUGUCGCUUCUUAAUCGAUUGCUUUACAAUUAAACGGAAUUGGUAUGUGUACACUGAAAGAAACUUCUGCUGUUUUGAAUCUCUGAUCAUUUUCACCAUUCAAACUUCGAAUCUUUACUCGGUCCAAUCGAAUUGUUUCCCCCUUGAACUUGCAAUAAA